AUGGCGUGCGAUGACCUAGGCAGCAGCGCUUGUCCAGUGAUGCACGUGGCAGUGAGAGCAGCAACAACGUCGCCAAGCCCCAAAGCUGCUACGUCAAAGGAGCGGUGUCAGCGCUUCCUUGAUUGUGCAGCUACGCCAGGCCAGCAUGUAUGUGACACUCAGUGGCAUGAGCCUUGGAUGCGGGCCGGACGCGCUGUUGGAGUGAAUGCUCUGGCUGCCUAUUGGGGCACACAUACAGCCGCCGCGGCUCAGGCGGGGGCGCUCAUCGCGAACUUAGCGGAGCGCGUCAAAGGCGGCCGCGGCGUGGCCGCUGGGCGCUGGCCAGGCUCAUCAGGUGCAGCCGCUGCCGCCGCCGCCGACGCUAAUCAGCCGCCGGCGUUUUCAAUACCGGACUUCGGCCGCAGAGGAGCUGAUCCUGAUUCUGAACUCUACAGAUAUGAUUCUGAACUCUACAGACGUGAUUCUGAACUCUACAGACGUGAUUCUGAACUCUACAGACGUGAUUCUGAACUCUACAGACGUGAUUCUGAACUCUACAGACGUGAUUCUGAACUCUACAGACGUGAUUCUGAACUCUACAGACGUGAUUCUGAACUCUACAGACGUGAUUCUGAACUCUACAGAUGUGAUUCUGAACUCUACAGAUGUGAUUCUGAACUCUACAGACGUGAUUCUGAACUCUACAGACAUGAUUCUGAACUCUACAGACGUGAUUCUGAACUCUACAGACAUGAUUCUGAACUCUACAGAUGUGAUUCUGAACUCUACAGACGUGAUUCUGAACUCUACAGACGUGAUUCUGAACUCUACAGACGUGAUUCUGAACUCUACAGAUGUGAUUCUGAACUCUACAGAUGUGAUUCUGAACUCUACAGACGUGAUUCUGAACUCUACAGACGUGAUUCUGAACUCUACAGAUGUGAUUCUGAACUCUACAGACGUGAUUCUGAACUCUACAGACGUGAUUCUGAACUCUACAGACGUGAUUCUGAACUCUACAGAUGUGAUUCUGAACUCUACAGACGUGAUUCUGAACUCUACAGACGUGAUUCUGAACUCUACAGACGUGAUUCUGAACUCUACAGACGUGAUUCUGAACUCUACAGAUGUGAUUCUGAACUCUAUGGAUGUGAUUCUGAACUCUACAGACGUGAUUCUGAACUCUACAGACGUGAUUCUGAACUCUACAGACGUGAUUCUGAACUCUACAGACGUGAUUCUGAACUCUACAGACGUGAUUCUGAACUCUACAGACGUGAUUCUAAACUAUACAGAUGUGUUUCUGAACUCUACAGACGUGAUUCUGAACUCUACAGACGUGAUUCUGAACUCUACAGAUGUGAUUCUGAACUCUACAGAUGUGAUUCUGAACUCUACAGACGUGAUUCUGAACUCUACAGACGUGAUUCUGAACUCUACAGACGUGAUUCUGAACUCUACAGAUGUGAUUCUGAACUCUACAGACGUGAUUCUGAACUCUACAGACGUGAUUCUGAACUCUACAGACAUGAUUCUGAACUCUACAGACGUGAUUCUGAACUCUACAGACGUGAUUCUGAACUCUACAGAUGUGAUUCUGAACUCUAUGGAUGUGAUUCUGAACUCUACAGAUGUGAUUCUGAACUCUACAGACGUGAUUCUGAACUCUACAGACGUGAUUCUGAACUCUACAGAUGUGAUUCUGAACUCUACAGACGUGAUUCUGAACUCUACAGACGUGAUUCUGAACUCUACAGAUGUGAUUCUGAACUCUACAGAUGUGAUUCUGAACUCUACAGAUGUGAUUCUGAACUCUGUAGAUGUGUUGUUCGAGCAAUGACUACGUGCGAAAUGCUACAAUCGUAA